AUGUUCCACUCCAAGACAAUCCUCGACCAAGAGAUUUGGCAACGCGACUAUGAUGUUGUUCCCCCCGCACGGCCAGUAGACGUGGCGUUGCACUAUGAGAGGGCCAAAUCGAUGUGUCGACAUAGCGAUCUGACGUUGCACGAUAUCGAGAAGUUAACCAAGAGGUUUUGGGAUUUUCAUUUCGACAUGAUUGCCGCUCGCGACAUGACGGCUUUCAUUAUCGCAGCAAUCCAUGUGAACCUCUGCAUAGGAACGCUCAGCCAUUUCGCCAAGGAGCGUCCAGACCUACAAGACUUGCUCACAAAGUUACUGAAUUUUGAAAUUUGCGGUGAGUUCAUGCUGACGGAGAUUGGUCACGGCUUAGAUGCUCGCAACCUGGAAACCACGGCAACGCUGCAGGCUGAUGGCUCUUUCGAGUUGCAUACUCCUACCACAGCAGCAUCAAAAGUAAUGCCUCCUACAACACCAUAUUGUGGAAUACCACGGGUCGCGAUCGUUUUCGCCCGUCUGAUGGUCCGAGGGAAGAACCAAGGCGUAAAGCCUUUCAUUGUGUUUCUCAGCGACGCAGAUGCGAUGCGACCUGGAGUCUCGUCGCGAAUAUUACCGACAAGACCUGGUACCAAACCACUGGAUCAUGCAAUUACGACAUUUAAUCGUGUUCAGUUGCCCUAUAAUGCCCUGCUUGGUUCACCCGCUAAGCCAGAGAAUGAGCGUGCCGAGUUUCUGUGCCAUAUUCGGCGUGUUGCUGUUGGAACGUUGUCGCUUUCCAUCAUGGGCAUAUCCGCUAUCAGAGUCGGAACACGCAUAGCUGCUCUCUACAGCGAGCGAAGAACUAUCACGGCGCCCGAUGGACAUUCGGCUAUGCCAAUCAUCGGCUUCAGCACUCAGCAGCGCCCUAUCGUCGAAGGAUGGGUCCAGGGCAAGGUUUUGACCGCAUUCGCCCAUUGGGCUGUGGGCAUGUGCCCGGACCCUGCCCAUCCGACGCAACACGCGCUUGCCACCAUCUUUAAAGCGACAGUGAUCAAAGCAUCACGGGUCUUGGGGGAACUCGCGGAGAGAUGCGGAUGGCGAGGCCUUUUUGCAUUCAAUCAGAUCAGUGAACUGGACUUUACCUUUCAGGGGAACUCCAUAGCCGAAGGCGACACGCUGGUACUAUGUAUUCGUUUGGUCUCCGAGCUCCUUGGCGGCAAACUACAACUUCCGACCUGUCAGAACGCGUUAACGCCCUUGGCGCAGCAAGAGCACCGGUUGAUGACCGAAAUUCAAUCAAGACUUACGGAGAUUGGAGGAUACAGAAAGCAUCGGACCGAGGCUUUCAAUCAGCACAUUCUGCCAUUUUGCCGACCGUUGGUUGAAACGAUCGGUCACCGUAUGGCUUACGAGGCCGCUCAACGUUCAGGGAUCUCACCGGACGUCCUGGAACUGUACGAACGUCUAUCUACCGGCAAGGCCUUGAUCCAUUUACCAGCGCAAGACGCAUGCAGAGUGAGAUGCGGAGAUCCCUUGCUAGACGAGCAGUACGAAACAAUCAUAGCUCAAAUUAGAUCGGAGGCCCUUUGUCAUGAUCCGAUCGACGACUACAUAACGGCGCCGAUCGUAUCCGAAGAGAAGUGGGAGACCUUUACUGAAAGUUUGCUUUGCUUCUCCCCCCCAACAAGUCUUGAUAAAUACAAACCGAAACUUUGA